UAUAUAAAAUGAAUGCCAACUACACCCUAGAAGAGAUUAAAAACACUGAUAAUCCUACAGACAGUUCCCCCGCCCACAGCCAGACAGACAGACAGACAGAGCUUUAUCUGUCUAAACAGAAAGUAGAAAUCAUUCAGGCAAAGAGAAGAAGGAAAGAACAGCAGAGAAAGAGAAGCACGAGAGAAUAGCAGAUAAACAUGCUACGGUUUACCAUGCGGUCCUGCACGGCUACUCUCAGUGUGCUGCUCUUUCUUGUUACUGUGUGUGAAUCAGACGUUCCAACGGUGAAGAUUGAAGCCACCCACUCUCUGCAGUUCUUCUUCACAAUUGUCACACCAGUAAUCAGUAUCCCAGAGUUCACUGCUGUCUGUCAGGUGGAUGAAGAGCAGGUUGGACAUUAUGACAGUAACAACAGGACAGUGGUCAUAACGGCAGACUGGUUAAAAAAGGAUAAAAAUGAAGAGCAGUGGGAGUUGCCGUCGGAACAUGUUGUUCAUCAAGAGACACUCUUCAGAACCUUUUUGGCUGCUGCAUUAGAGGCAUUCAAUUGGACUGAAAAGGAGCUUCAUACACUACAGAGAACGAUCGGGUGUCAGCUGGAUGAUGAUGGGUCUAAGAGAGGAUAUGAUCAGUUUGGUUAUGAUGGAGAAGACCUUGUCAGGCUGGAUCUAAAUAGUGGAACCUGGAUUACAGUUGUUCCUCAAGUUCUUCCUCUUACACAAACAAGUUCAAUCCAGCUCUCCAUACAAUUUAUACAACAUACUUGUAUCGACUGGUUACAGAAGUGUGUGAAAUAUGGGAAAUCUGUUCUGGAGAGGAAAGAUCCUCCUGAGGUGUCUGUGUUCCAGAAAAACUCUUCUUCUCCAGUGGUGUGUCACGCUACAGGGUUCUUCCCCAAAGCAGUGAUGAUCUCCUGGCAGAAGAACGGAGAGGAACUGAAUGAGGACGUGGAGCUCAGAGAGACGCUGCCCAACCAGGAUGGAUCCUUCCAGAAGAGAAGCAUUCUGACCCUCUCACCUGAGGAGCUGAAAAACAGUGACAAGUACACCUGUGUAGUUCAGCACAGCAGCAUGGAGAAUGAGCUGGUGCUGCUGGUGUCUGAUCGUAAAGUCCUGUCAGGUAAUGGAGUGUCAGUGGGUUUGAUUGUUGGUGUAAUGGUUGGUGCUCUCCUGCUCGUUGUCAUAAUCUGUACUGCAGUUUUCAUCUGGAAGAGGAAGUCAUCUGAGGGGGUCUUUGCUACAGUAAGAGAUAAUGGUCCCAGCGUCCAGCAGUAUUCUGUUGCAGUCAAGGUUACAAAAAACGAGUGUCUUACAGCAGGUCUCACAAGCCCUGUUGAACAUGAAUUAAACUCACCUGAAUUCGCAGAAACUAAGACUAGUGCACUCAUGUAAAAAAGAUCACGUUAUCGCUGCCACAUUUUUAGCUUUUGAUCACACUGAGUACCGGCUGUUAAUGGAAGAGAACCAGGCGGUUUUGAGAAAUCUGAACGAUAAUGACUGUGUGAUCUUCUAUACCUACAACUCCCCUGUCUGAAAACCUGCCUGAACCAAGAGAAAUAUGAAGCACAAAA